UAUGGAGUCAGAUAACAAAGCACACACACACCUAUAGAAUGGAUUAUUCAACUUUCGUUCUCUUAAUUUCUGCCCUUUUUACACUCAUCUAUGCCCUGAUCACCACCUCCAGCCGGCGCAAGUCACGGCUUCCGCCGGGACCUUACCCUUUUCCGAUCAUCGGAAGCCUUCUAAAGCUCAGUGACAAACCACAUCGCUCUCUCGCCACACUCUCUAGUCGUUAUGGUCCUUUGAUGUCUCUUAAGCUAGGAAGCAGAACAACGAUAGUUGUUUCAUCACCUGAUGUUGCCAAAGAAUUCUUCCACACUCAUGAUAUAUCGUUCUCCGGCCGAUCAAUACCCGAUGUCGCCCGGAUAGUUGACCACGAUCAAUACUCAUUAGCGUGGCUCCCCACCGGAGAUCAAUGGCGUAGACUACGGCGAAUAACCAGAGAAUAUUUUUUCUCCGUUCAACGUUUAGAUGGCAGUGCACUCCUACGUGAGGAGAAGGUACAAGAACUUCUUGACCAUGUCGAUAGAUGUUGUACAAAUGGAAAGGCUAUAAACAUAGGUGCAGUUGUCUUUACAACAACUCUUAACGUUCUCUCCAAAUAUAUGUUCUCUGUGGAUUUCAGUCAAUAUGACACCGUGUCAUCACAAGAGUUCAAGGAAGCGGUGAUGUCUUUGUUGGAAAUAGCUGGGAAGCCGAAUCUAGCAGACUUUUUUCCAAUACUAAAACCAUUGGACCCACAAGGAUUAGUACGUCGAGGAAAUGCUUAUGGUAAAAAGUUGUUGGCUAUUAUUGAUAGGAUCAUUGACCAACGAUUGCAAUCAAGACUGAAUUCAUCAUCAUACGAUGGUGUAAACAACGAUGUUUUGGACUCGUUGCUCGAUCUCACGGACAAAGAAGAAUCUAUAUUUAGUCGAGAUGAAAUGAGACAUUUGUUCUAUGUUUUGUUUAUCGCAGGAACUGACACAACGUCAAGCACAUUAGAAUGGGCAAUGACUGAGCUUCUUCGUAACCGAGAGAAAAUGGAAAUGACUCGGUCAGAGAUCAAUAAAUUCAUGAAAAAUAAGAAGGGAAUUGUACAAGAAACAUAUAUCUCUCAACUUCCUUACUUGCAAGCAGUUAUCAAAGAAACUCUUCGGUUGCAUCCACCUAUUCCUCUUCUUGUUCCCCACCAAGCUAUACAAGAAGUACAAGUCAACAGUUUCAUUGUGCCUAAAAAUGCACAAAUCCUUUGCAAUGUGUGGGCAAUGGGGCGUGAUCAUAAUAUUUGGUCUGACUCGGAAACAUUCAUGCCAGAAAGGUUUUUGGAAGUCAAGAUUGACUAUAAAGGUCAAGAUUAUGAGUUCAUUCCAUUUGGUGCUGGGAGGAGGAUAUGUCCAGGAUUGAAUAUUGCUCAUAGAAUGUUGCAUAUAAUGUUAGGGUCUUUGAUUCAUAAGUUUGAGUGGAAACUUGAAGGAGAUGUAAGAGUAGAAGAUAUGGAUAUGGAGGAAAAGUUUGGGCUCACAUUGCCAAGAAAAAUACCACUCAUGGCUAUUCCAAUCAAGCUUUGAAGUUUUUUUUAUCAUUUGAGUAGGAGCAUUUAAUAUGCAUGCUUUAAUGGAAUUGGUUGAAUAACCUGGAAUGGUAUUCAAUGAAUUAAAUUCAACCAUAAUUGAAUGUCAAGUUGGUUGGUGCUGAGUGAUAUGAA